GCUGUCAAACUAAUAAACUUAUUCCAAUCAAAAUGGCUGAGUUAUUGCAAGUUCCUUUGAAAAAACCCUCCGAAAUUGAUAUUGUUAAGCCACUUCAAAAUGUUAUACAAUCGAGAUUCAGUACAGCAGAUGAGCCAGUCGAUUAUUCUGAUGCAAUAAACGAAUUUGCCAAAAUAAGGAGCAAUGCUAUCUGGAAGGCCUUCGAGAAGUACGAGAGCUCUUUGGAGAUUAUUUAUGGAUAUUACGACCAGCUGGCUUCAAUUGAAUCAAAGAUACCACCGAAUGAACUUCAAGUACCAUUUAAGUGGAAAGAUGCAUUUGACAAAGGGUCUAUAUUUGGAUCCAGACAAAGUUUGACUAUUUCAUCCCUUAGUUAUGAAAGAAUUUGUAUAUUAUUCAAUAUUGCUGCGCUUCAGAGCGCUGUAGCAGCAAACCAGAGUAUAGAGAGUGAUGAAGGAUUAAAGUUAGCAGUUAAACUUCUUCAGCAAUCAGCGGGCAUUUUUCAUCAUCUGAAAUCUACUGUGAUGCUUUCAAUUCAACAAGAUCCAACACCCGAUUUGAAUCCUGAUACUUUGGGGGCCCUUUCCGCUUUGAUGCUAGCACAGGCCCAGGAGAUUUUCGUUCACAAGGCCAUUCAUGACAACAUGAAAGAUGCUAUUGUGGCCAAGUUAGCAUCGUCGUGUGAGGACCUUUAUAACGAAGCACUGAAGAUAUUUCAACGGGAGAACCUGAAGCCGAUGUGGGAUAAGGAAUGGAUACCAAUGAUCGCUGGCAAACAGGCAGGUUUUCACGCAAUAGCGGAGUUUUACCAGAGUUUGGUAUGCAGGAAUGAGAAAAUGAUAGGAGAAGAACUCGCCAGGCUGCAGCAUUCCUUGGAGCUCUUCAAAGCAUCUCAACAGAGAUCAGGAAGAACUUUAUUCAACAAUAUCUUCGUGAAGGCACAAAGGAAUCUGGCAGAGGCCACCAAAGACAACGACUUCAUCUAUCAUGAGAGAAUUCCUGAUGUCAAGACUCUCGAACCGCUAGGAAAAGCUCAGCCCGUGAGACUCUUGCCUGUACAGACCCCUAUGAGCCAAAAUUUCAAAGAUCUUUUCAGCGAUCUUGUGCCGGUCGCUAUACACCAGGCCCUGGCAGCUUAUGACCUCAGGAAACAAGAACUUGUCAAUGCCGAGAUUGGAAGACUUAGGGAGUCGACACAAGUGUUGAACGGAUUGUUAUCGGAAAUGAAUCUGCCCGCUUCAAUAGAAUUAACUGAUGGCAAAAGCUUGCCUCCUUCCAUCAUUGAAAAGGCCAAUGCUGUAAGCGAGUUGGGCGGGUUGAGCAAGUUGCAGACUUUAAUUGAUGAGUUACCGGAACUACUUAAGAGAAAUAAGGAUAUACUGGACGAGACCGACAGAAUGUUGAACGAAGAGAGAGAAUCUGACGACUCGCUAAGAUCUCAGUUCAAGGAAAAAUGGACAAGAACCCCUUCCAGCAAGCUCACCGAAAUGUUGACCUCCAAUUCCGCCAAGUAUCGUCAGUUGAUUAAUAACGCAAUCAAUGCCGAUAAAAUAGUCCGCGAGAAGUUCGAGAAGCACAGGCACGGAAUGAUGAUGCUCAGCAAGCCCACUUCCGAAUGGGAGAAUGCCGUACCAAGGGGCGCUUCCGAAGAUUUUUUGAAUUCUGGUGCAGCUGAUAUUCUCAGGGGCUUGAUGGAAGAGGUUGAAACCUUGAAGGCAGAACGCGAUGUUAUCGAAUCCGAGUUAAAAAGCACAACUAUUGACAUGAAAGACAAGUUCAUGGCUGCUCUUGCUCAAGAUGGCGCUGUGACCGAGGCUGCGCUUUCUGUAGAAAUUCUUGGAGAGACCUAUGGUCCUCUGCAGAAACAAGUUAGGGAGAGUAUCGAAAAACAAGAAGGCCUGAUCCAGAGGAUAAUGGAUGCCAAUGCUCAGUUCGUACAAGAAAGAGGUUCUACUGCUGGUAAAAGAGAAGAAAUGAUGUGUUCGUUGGCUGGUGCUCACGAUGCCUUCAGAGAACUCUUGAAUAAUUUGCAGGAAGGCACGAAGUUUUACAAUGAUCUGACUCAAUUGCUUGUAGCAUUCCAAAACAAAGUUUCGGAUUACUGCUUCGCCAGAAAGACUGAAAAGGAGGAGUUGCUGAAAGAUCUUACGCAAGAAUCUAGCAGGCAUUCGGCCCCUGUACCCCACGCCCCCUUCCCCAAAGUCGGUGCAGAUUCGAAAGAUAAGAGGGAAAGUCCCACGACACCAACACAACCUCAACCAAGUUCGGCCCCACAAGCACCCCAGGCGCCGCAAGCUGGGAAUCUGCCAUAUCCAGUACAGGUACAAGGCAUGCCGAUACCGUAUGCACCACCAGCUGGCACACCCUAUCCAGCCUAUGCGGCACCUCCAAUGCCCCAAGGUUACAACCCCUAUGGCACCUUGCCCUAUCAAAAUUACAAUUAUCAAGGUGGGUACCAACAAAGCCCUGGAUAUUCUGGACAGCCACAGGCAUACCCACCAGGAACUUAUCCACCUGGUACCUACCCACCUCAAGGUUAUUAUCAACAACCUCCCCAAGGAUAUCCUCAGCAACCCCCUCCAGGUGGUUAUCCUCGCCAGUGGUAAAACAGUUCAAUUUGGAUCAACUGCCACUCAUUCAUUAGGGUUAUGAGUCAAAAAAUGGAAUAGUUAUGCGCCAAUAUAUAUUUUAUAUUAGCUUGAUAGGUUCAAUUUAAUCCAUGAAUAAUUUAAUUAUCUGUUGAAACUUUUCUGAUGAAAAAUUGUAUAAAUGCUUCAAACAAUAUAAUUGAAAAAUGUAAAAAGAGUUCGGUUGGUUUCACCAACGUUGAUUGCCCAAUUAAGCAGUCCAAAUCUUCAUUUAAUGGUAUUUAACCGUAAUUGGAUGCCAUAUUUACAAAUCAUCUUGUUGAUCAUUCGUUAUAAUUUCCAAUUUAUAUAUUGUCAAGCUUUGGUCGCAAGAAUGACGAAUCAUUUUUAUGGAACUAGCCGUUUUAAAAACAAUAAAUUUUAUUCUAUAAAGAAUGUUGAUUUGAUAAUGUUGCCUUUCGAAACUUUGUAAUACAGUUUUAAUAUUUAUUAUUUUUAGUCUAUUCUUAGGUGUUGAAUAAAGUCGAGCAAAUUAUUGAAAUACCUUUUUUCAUAUGGUAGUUAUCUCUAUUUUUAUAUAUUAUGCUAUUCAAACUGUAAUCAUUGAAUUAAAUUCUAUUAAGUUUU